CGUCACGGAAGCCAGCGCCCCUCUGAGCUGUGCACACACACACGCGCACACACACACACACACACGCGCACACACACACACACACACACAAGUUGGAGCAAUCGUUGGCUAAGAGGAAGAAAUACGUUGGAGCCUCGAGACGUCAAGUGGGUAUGGCGAAAAACGGCCAGGCUGUCAUAAGUCUCGUCGUUUGAACGACACGGAAGGAUUUACGUUAGUCUCCUGAGGCCUGUUUUCCCCCCCUCCUUUUUCGACAUGACUCGGUAAGCUGUCGUCCCCCCCCCCCGUAUUUUGCUUCCGGAAUUAGUGUUAGUUUGCCCACCACCGCCGACAUGUCGGACAACCAGAGUUGGAAUUCGUCCGGUUCCGAGGAGGAUUCGGAGCCCAGAGAGGAGACGGGGAACUCGGUGGGCGUCGGCGUGUUCAGAGGGGUGCUCAGCAAGUGGACCAACUACAUCCACGGAUGGCAGGACCGCUGGGUGGUGCUGAAAAACAACACGCUCAGCUACUACAAGUCGCAGGAUGAGACCGAGUACGGCUGCCGCGGCUCGCUGUGCCUCAGCAAGGCCGUUAUCACGCCCCACGAGUUUGACGAGUGCAGACUGGACAUCAGCGUCAACGACAGCGUGUGGUACCUGAGGGCCCAGGACCCCGAGCGCAGGCGCCUCUGGAUCGACUCCGUCGAGCUGCACAGGGCGGAUCCCGGCUACGGCUCCGAGUCCAGCCUGCCGAGACACGGCUCCAUGCUGUCGCUCGUGUCGGCCACCAGCGGCUACUCGGCCACCUCUACCUCUUCCUUCAAGAAGGGUCACAGCCUGAGGGAGAAGCUGGCGGAGAUGGAGACCUUCCGAGACAUCCUGUGCCGGCAGGUGGACACGCUGCAGCGAUACUUUGACGGCUGUGCAGAUGGCGUGUCCAAGGACGAGCUGCAAAGGGACAAAAUCGUGGAGGAGGAUGAGGACGACUUCCCCAGCACUCGCACCGACGGAGAGUUUCUUCACAACAACAGCAGCGGCAAAGACAAACUGUUCCAGUACUCCAAUCCCAAGGGGGUGAACGGCAUCGACUUCAAAGGCGAGGCCAUCACGUUCAAGGCCACCACCGCCGGCAUCCUGGCCACGCUGUCGCACUGCAUCGACCUGAUGGUCAAGAGAGAGGACAGCUGGCAGAGGAGGCUGGACAAGGAGAUGGAAAAGAGAAGAAGAAUCGAGGAGAGCUACAAGUCGGCCCUCAGCGAGCUGAAGAAGAAGUCGCACUUUGGAGGUCCGGACUACGAGGAGGGUCCGAACAGCCUCAUCAACGAGGAGGAGUUCUUCGACGCGGUCGAAGCCGCUCUCGACCGUCACGACAAAAUAGAACAGUGUCAGACAGAGAAGACGAGAAUCCAGAGAUCCAGUCCGCUUCCACCAGCAGACAUCUUCUCUAGCUCGGGCUCUCACAGGUUAUCUGAGCAGGUGGAGGAGAUGGUGCAGAGUCACAUGACCUACUCGCUCCAGGAUGUCGGCGGCGAUGCCAACUGGCAGCUGGUAGUGGAGGAAGGAGAGAUGAAGGUGUACAGGAGGGAGGUGGAGGAGAACGGCAUCGUGCUGGACCCGCUCAAGGCCACGCACUCGGUGAAGGGCGUGACGGGACACGAGGUGUGCCGCUACUUCUGGGACACGGCCUACCGCAACGACUGGGAGACCACCAUCGAGAACUUCAACAUCGUGGAGACGCUGUCGGAGAACGCCGUCAUCGUCUAUCAGACCCACAAGAGGGUGUGGCCCGCCUCCCAGCGGGACGUGCUCUACCUGUCGGCCAUGCGCAAGAUGGCGGCCAGCAACGAGAGCGACCCCGACACCUGGCUGGUGUGCAACUUCUCUGUGGACCAACACGACGCACAGCCGAGCAGCCGUUGCGUACGCGCGAAGAUCAACAUCGCCAUGAUCUGCCAGACCCUGGUCAGUCCACCCGAGGGCGACAAGGAGAUCAGCAGAAACAAUGUGCUGUGCAAAAUCACAUACGUGGCCAACGUGAAUCCCGGAGGCUGGGCGCCAGCCUCGGUCCUGCGGGCGGUUGCCAAGAGGGAGUACCCCAAGUUCCUGAAGCGCUUCACCUCCUACGUGCAGGAGAAGACCGCCGGCAAGCCCAUCUUGUUCUGAUCCUCUUUUGGUGUCUGCGCCAAUGACAUCACACCGCAUCGUUAUUGUACAAACUCGUGUUGAGGCCACACUGAAGAGGAUUAAAAAAAACAACAACAACACAACUUUGAACCUGAAAAAAAUACAACUUUAGUGAUACGCUAUUAUUACUUUGGGUUAUGAACAAAAAUGCUUUCUCCCUGAACAAAACACUUUUUCCUCAAAAUAUUUAUUGAAAAAAAUGAGUACUAAAAACAGAUGUUCUCAAAAAUAGGACUGUCAUUUAUUGUAGGAAAAACUUUUGGGGGAAGAAGUCUAAUUUCAAGAAAAAGUCCCAAGAUUCAAAUUUCAAAGAAAUGAGACUAUUUUCUCAAAAAUAUAACCUAGAGAAAAUGUCAGGGUUUAAAAAAAUUAAAUAAAAUAUAGAGGGGAAAAAAAUGCAACUUUUUAAAUUGAACUUCUCACCCCCCCCCCCCAAAAAUAUUGAAGAAUAUUUUUCUUUUUUACAAUAAAAAAAAAAGAGUCAAACCUUUUUUACUUUAGUACUAUUUCUUGGAAAAUCUUAACUUUUUCAAAGAAAAAAUACAGAACUUCAUUUUCCUUGGAGUUUAAAAAUAAACCCCCAAAUCUCAAUUUGUAAAGAAAAAAAAAAGUACUUUGCGGAAAAAGUGUUUGUUUCCCAAGAAAAGCUUGGGGGGGAAACACAAUUCUCAAAAAAAUGAAAACAUUUUUCCGUAAAAAAAAAAAAAUUCUUGGAAAAUAAACUAUCAUGAACUAUUUUUUUCUAAAAAUAUAUUUUUUUCCUAUUGUAAGCUUUAUUUUUUUUCCUCGGAAAAACAUGACAUUUUAUUGCAGGCAUAUGACUAUUUUCUCCCCAAAAGUUCAUUUUUUUCCCUCGUGUUUGUUUUUUGUUUUUUGUUUUUUUCUCAGGCAAAACCUACUUUUUCCUGAAAGUACAACAAUAUUUUCUGUCACAAGCUUUUUUUGGGGGGGUUGUAACAAACUUUCAAUCAAAGAAAAGCUACUUUUUCCUUUAAAAAAAAAAAAAGUGCUUCUCAAAAUCACUCUAAGAUUACGACAUAAUUGUGGUAGUCUUUUUUUGCUUUGCUUUUCUUCUUUUCAGUGUGACCUUAAUACUGCUCAGCAAGAUUGACAUCCACAAGGAUUCCUUACCAGCUGCCAAUGUGCUCCAGCAAGGUGGCUGCUUGCCAUACUGUCGUGCGUCACGACGCUUUUCCAAUUCCCCAGUAACUAAAUGUGAUGUGCAUUGAAACGACAUGUACGUAUGUUCCAUAAGGAAAGUGUAAAGAGCUAGAAGAGACAUAUAUAUCUUUGCUAUCAGACUGUUUUAGACUUGCGGCUUUCUUUGUUACGGGUCAGAUGAUUUAUUUGUUUGUUUUAUUGUAUGAAGGGUACAGAGGGGACCAUCAUGAUGAACCGUGGACCCCUAUGAUGUAAAACGCUAAUCCCGCUAAUGAACGCGCCUAGUUUUACAGUGCUGAGGGCGGGACCAGCCCACCUAAAAUUGUAAGCGUGUCGCAAAGGCUUUUUGUUGUCGUUGCGACUGUGGGGAUCCCAAAUGCCAUAGUGGAUUACUUAGAGGGGAGAUGAUGAGACUAAUACACCCGUGAAGUCACUAGUCAAGUGUCCAUUAACAGAAAUAUUUGAGUACAAACCUUCAUACCAACUUUAUUGUUAUAAUGUUCAAUUCUGCUUUGAAGACUUAUUGACUUCAAUGAAGCACUUUGACGUUC